AGAAGCUCUCCUUUUAUCAGGAAAAAAAAUCGUUAAAUCGUUAAGCUCAAAUCCGCCAUGGAAACAAAAACAAUAGUCACCACUUCCUUUAGGGUUUAUGCUCUAAAAUGUCUCCAAUUGACAAUUCCUCAUCUUGGACACUCGAAUCCGACCUAGAAGAUCUCGACCUUGACCUCCAAGAUUACAAACCAUCCGUACCAUUAAAGAAAGUACCAAACGGAGACAUUUUCGAAGCUUCACGCGCCGGUGACGUCGAUAGACUCCGGUACCUUCUUGAAACCGGAGUUAACGUCAACGCACGUGACCGAUGGGACUCUGUUGCUCUUUACUACGCUUGUCUCGCUGGUCACAUAGACUCUGCUCGAUUGCUUUUAGAGAACGGUGCGAUUUGUUCUGAACAUACUUUUGAUGGUGAUCGUUGUCAUUAUGCUUCUCUUAAUUUAAGGAUUAGGAAGCUUCUUAAGGCUUUUGAAGCUCGUCCUCCUCCUCUUGGUCCUUUGCAAGCUUCUCUUAGAGAUACGUUUUUGGGUUGUUGUCAUAAUCGAGAUUAUCUGAAACAAGAAGCUUUUGAUGCUAAUCUUGAUGUUUCUGAUAAUCCGAGUGAGUUUGGUAGUUCGAAUUACUUCCCACCGGAUGUGAUGUUCUUUGUGCAAGGUAGACCUAUUGAAGCACACAGGGUUAUCUUAAGUGCUCGAUCUCCGUUUUUCAAGCAAAAGUUUGAGAAUGAAUGGAAAGACCGGAGAGAAGUUCGGUUUUCGAAAGAGAAGCUUUCGUAUCCUGCUCUCUGUAGCCUCAUCCACUUUUUUUACUCAGAUAGGCUGGAGAUAUCUGUUGAUGAUAUGGAAGAUCUUGUUAGGAUUUGCAAAGUUUGUAAAUGUGAAUCGCUGCAGAAAAUCAUUGAGAAGGAAUUGAUUCACCAGAGAUAUGCUGAGUAUAAGACUCAUAGAGAUCUUGAUAACUCCAUGAAACGGUUCAUCUUACAGGGGAUAUCUCUUCCAGAAGAAGACAGGCUUCCUGCUUCUUUGCAUAGGAUUCUUCGAGUUUCCCUUGCGAAAUCGUUUACUGGUGAUACUAUUGAUUCAUCUGUUGGGGAUAUGAGAGUUGGUGAUUCUGUGGAUAGUCUUGCUGAUGUUUGUGUUAAAGUUGAUAAAAGAACUUUCUAUUGCCAUCAAGUUAUUCUAGCUGCGAGAUCAGAGUACUUUAGAGCACGAUUAUCCCGAGUAAAUGAUUUCCAUGAGGGAAAAAAUGGGUUGCUGGGUGAUACUCUUCCAUAUCUCGAAGAACAUGAUUUGAGCGCAGAGGCUUUCGAGAAGAUGAUUGAGUACAUGUACACUGAUGGCUUAAAGGAGAUCAAUCCGAAUCAGGCUGAGGAGAUCUUUGAUGUUGCAUCUCGCUACUUGCUGUUUCCGCUUAAACGUGCUGUGGCUGAUGCCUUGUUGCCUCACUUGGAAUCUGCCACACCUGCAGAAAUAUGUCAUUGGCUGGUUUUGUCAGAUAUGUACGGCGUAUUGAAGAUAAGAGAGUACUGCCUAGACUUGGUUGCUUGUAAUUUCGAGGCAUUUGUUGAAACCCGCGAGUUCAGGGCAAUGCUAUUAACAUUGCCUCCACCAUCAGGAGACUCUUCACUUCGAACCACAGUUCCAAGUGCACCAGGUGCCAUGAUGACCACGGACCAAGGGAAUCUCCUUGAUGAUCUGAGAGAGAAGUGGCUUGAAGCAGAGGCUUUAGAGCUUGACAUGAGAGACGAGAGUGCUUUGAUUUUUGAUAAGCGCCUUGCAAUGCUCGUGGAAAUGGCAGAGCAAGAGAAAUCCGAAUCAGAAGCUGAGGAAUACAAAGACACCAGCGCAUGAUUAUUGGUUUUCCUUAAGACAAGUUUUGAGUCUCUUUGCACAGACGAUCAAAUAUGGUGUAGAUAUUGAUAAUAAAAUUUCAAUCUCUUG